AUGGGUGCAUAUCGGUGGUGGGUGAAUGUUAUGGGAUCGCCGUCACCAUCUGAGAAGGUGCAUUGGUUAGUGGAGAUGAUGCAGUAUGUUGAAGUUUUUCAAGUGAUUUUCCUAAAAGCAAGUAAAGAUUGUUUAAAACGAAUUGGUAAAAUGGCGCGAAAUACUGGAACAUUUGCACGAUCGAUGGCAUCGCAAUUUCGUGCAAUGUACAUAUCUACUAUCGUAGUUCUCAUAAUCCUCCCGUUGUUCUCAGCUCUCCCAUUGGCGUCUUUGGUUGUUGGAAUUACGAAAAUAAAGGAAUGUCCGAUACAACCAAAGAUACCAACAUAUAUGAUUGUAUUUGGGGCAGUUGGCUUUGCUCUUUGUAUCGUGAUCAUUUCCAUUAUUCUGACAAGAGCAAUAUGUUGCUACAAAUCUGGAGACGAUUCUAGAUGUGAAGUCACGGCUCUAAUCUCUUGCGGUGCUGCUAUUCCACUCUUCUUGUUCUUUUUCGCAUGGUUCGUCGUAGGCUGUGUGUGGGUGUUCAACGUGCGUGCUCAAGUUCAGUUCGAUUAUGCAGACAAAUCUGAUUACUGUGACCGAUCUCUGUACAAUUUUGCAUACUGCGUCCUUAUAGCACAAUACAAUGUCAUGUUUUGUAUUUGCUGCAUAUGCUAUGGUUGUGGUCAGUCUUCCAACAAGAGUUCAAGUUAA